UGAACCCAGUUCAGUUCUGAGCGGAGACAAAACUCCAUUGGGAAGAACAGAAUCAGAAGAGAGGAAAGUAUUGUGAAAGAGCAAAGAUGAAGAAGUCAUCAGGAGCAGAGAAAAAGAGAGUGAAACGACAAUCAGGAUCUUUACAAAAUGGCAUCAGAGAUUCCAACUCCGACACUCCUCCCAGGAAACAAGCUGCAAAAAAGGAUGUUUUUCAGUUGUUUGCUGAGAAAGUGAGGGAUCACAAGGAUCUGGUAUCUAGGUGGGCUGUCUUACAGGAGACACGUGUUGAAUAUUUUAGAGGGAAGGAUUUUGUUAGCUUUUUGAGAAAUCAUCCAGACCUUAAAGAGAUACUCGAAUCAGAUAGAAACCUAGAAGUAGAGGAUAUUGUCAAUGUUCUAUUGAGGAAGAAUCUUUUAGUGCGCUGUGAUCGUGUGGUGAAAACUGUUCGACCUGGAAAGAAAAAACUGUCUACUUGGCCAGCACAUUUAGAGAUCUUCCCUGAUCAAUUAUUUUCUGAAAAUGAUGCCUUUUUCGCAUGGACAUUUGUCAAACGGAGGCCAUUGUGGCAGACACUUCUCUCAUUUUUCUGGCCUGUGUUGACUCUUGCUAUUUGCUUGUUUCCGGUAUAUCCUCAUGGGUGCAAGUUACUAGUACUAUAUACAUGUGCUGGUGUUCUACUACUCAUACUCUCCCUGCUAUUAUUGAGAGUUGCAAUUUUUGGUGCUUUAUGGAUAAUUCUUGGAAAGCGGGUCUGGUUUUUCCCUAACAUCCUUGUAGAGGAAGUAACACUACGAGAAUUAUUCCGGUUUUUGCCCAAUAAAGAUGAGGAGGAGCGCCCAAAGUGGACAGCUAGGCUUUUGUUUGCAGUGUUGGCUGUGCUGUUUAUAUUGUUGCUCAGGCACCAUGCCCCUGAUGAAGCUGCAAGAGCCAGGUAUCAGAAGCGGGUCUCAAACAUAAUAGAUGAUGUUCUUGAGUGGUCACCAAGAUUGGCUUUGUCUGGAAUGAUGGAGAAGCAGCAACCAGUAGUUGAUGAUGUCACAGAACCCACCAACGGUUUCACAGAUGGGAGCAAAGCAAGCCCUGAAGAAGCGGUUUCACCUGAUGGCACGGAUGGAGAAACUGUCUCAGAUCAACAUGGGGAUGGAGACGACGCUGGAACUAGGUUGCAUGAUGAUCAACAACAGGAUGAGGAUCGUACGUGAUUGUAGAUCAUGCUAUGCCUAGCAGACAACAGGUCAUAGUUUGCUCUUUUUUGUGUCCAUUUUGUUUUCUUUCUUUACUUAUUUGUUUCUUUUUUUUUUUUCUGAAAUUUAUAAACUUUUUGGCUUUUCAUCUUUGAUUUUAUGAAUGUAGAACUAUGUAAUGAAAAUCAUGACAAUAAGCAGUUGGGUUUCCAAUAUGUGGUCCCAUAAUAUAGGAUACAUGGAAAUUGAUGACUGCUGACAAUGUGGGGAGGCUUGUGAACCCACUUAAAAGA